UACCUCUAUCUACCUAAAUAUGAAAUUUAACCAAGCAACAAGGAAUUUUUAACACUAUUUGUGCUGUCGACAUGUUUGAACAUAAAAGUUGCAUUUAUUUCAAUGUUAAGCAAUUGCGGGAAUUCCCGUCAUCAGCACCCAACGUGUUAAUACGUUAGUUAUCACUGUAGAUACUGUAUUUGAAACAUACAGAAUAUGAAAACCAUUAGCUGUAGCCAAUGAUAUUCAAACAGAUAACACCAUCUCAUAACUUAUAAUAAGGUUAGCAUUUGUAAAAUUCCAUCCUCAAAUGGCGAUUUCAGUUUUCAAUUUCAGGAAAUCAUAGUUAAAAUAUUUGAUUCCUUGUAAAAAAGUGUUAGCAGAAUUUAUUCAGCAGAUUUAAACAAAACACCUCAAAAGCAUGGAUGAUGACUUACCAGAAAAAUGUGUAAAACUUGUAAUGUUGGGCGAUUCUUCAGUUGGAAAGACUUCUUUGGUCACAAGAUUUUGCUAUGAAGAAUUUGGUCGCCAAUACUAUCCUACUCCUGGAGUGGAUUUCUUUUUGAAAAGAACCACAAUCCAAGGAAACAGACUUGUGCGAGCUAUAAUGUGGGACUUGGGCGGUCAAGCUCUAGAGGGAUCAAUGUUUAAAAACUAUCUGCAUGGAAGUCAGGUUAUCUUGUUGGUGUUUGACAUCACCAACGCGACAAGCUUCACCCGUCUCACUGACUGGUGGAAAGCAGCGUCCAGAUGUAUAUUUGGAAAACCUCCUCUUCUGGCUCUCAUCGCCAAUAAAUGUGAUAUGGAGCACCAGAGAGCAGUAAGUCUUGACAAGCAGAUGAAGUUUGUCAAUGAACAUGGAAUUCAGUCAACACACACUGUCUCUGCCCGCACUGGUGAAAAUGUGAUGUUGGCAUUUCAACGUAUCCUGGCAGAGCUGCUGGGCGUGCGACUGUCUAAGGCAGAGCAAGAGGAACAACAAGGCGUGGUGAAGGCUGAGAUUGUAGCAGCCAAUCACAAUCAAGCGUAUGCUGGGCUGCCUACCACCAACUCUACUAUAUGUGUCAUUCAGUAACUACUAUGGUUUAUAAAGAUGAUUAGUGUUAAACAUUCAAUUCAUCUUAAAUCCAAAUGAAUCGAUAAAUUGGAGGUUAGAGUCUGUGAUCACUAUUUAUUUUAUGUUGUCUGGUUAAUUUUAUAACAAAACUAGCUGACCCGGCGAACUUCGUAUCGCCUAAGUUAUAGGUUUCCCCUAAGACAGACCGAUGG